AUGAGUAAUCGAAAUAGGAGUUUGGCAGAAAGAAGAAAUUCAAAAAGUAAAUGUAAGAAUGCGAUCUCUCAACGCAAAAACUCAGAGAGCGAGGAUUACAAUUUCUAUUAGGAAUUCUAGAUAUUCUAUCCCUAAGCACAGGAGAUAAAGUUUACCAAAUUUGAUUAUAUGAAAGAAUUCUUUAAUUUAGGCAUCACUGAAUUUCCCUCUGACAAAGAGAUCCAUCGUAUAUAACAGGAAAUUCUAACAACAAGUGGUUGGAAUUCAAAUCUUAAGAAGAAUUGGACACUCAACGAAAAGAAAGUGCUUAUUUGGCUAGUUGGAAAAUUGAGUAUUAUGCGAAAUGAAGACAUAAGAGAUUUAUCAUCGGAAUUGUUUGAGGAGAUUUCAAAAAUGAUUUGUAGAAGAGAUAAAGAUCAAUGCAAAUAGAAGUGGUCUCAAAUGUAGAAAAUUGCACUUCAAUCACAACCCUUUUAACCAGAAGAGGAUAAAAUAUUACAUGAAAUAAUUCUAAAAUAUUAAUCAGUUGAUAUGGGUUAGAAGUGGAGUUAAAUUGCUUAAGAAUUAAAUUAACAUUCAAUCAUAUAUAGAUCAAGCAAAUAGUGCCGAGAGAGAUGGCUUAAUCAUUUGAAUCCCAAGAUCUCUAAGUAACAUAUAAAGUUCAUUUAAAUCUAAGGUAACCAUGGACUGAUGAGGAGGACAUAUGGUUAUUGAAUCUUGUUAAGGAGUAGGGGAGGAAAUGGGCAGACAUAUCUAAAAUUAUGGAUGGGAAGAGAAGCGAAAACAACCUAAAAAAUCGAUUUAAUAGUCUAAUUAAAAGAGAAAAGGAUUUGCCAGUGAUGUAUAUAGUUUAUCAAAUUUAUUCUAGAUAGACUCAAAAUGGAUCAGCUACUAAUUUGGAUGACUUAUUAUCAGGUUGCACAGGACCUGAAAUAACUGACUUGUAGAAGUUAGCAAUUGAUGCAUUGUUAACUAAGUUAAAAUGGAGAAGUGCUGAGAGCUAGAAUAAAAAUACAAGGAAAAAAUCAAUAGAACUUGUCGAAAAUGUAGAUAAUUAAGUAAAGCGACAAUCUUAAUAGCGAACUUAGAUUACUGUCCAAUACACUAUUGGAAAUAUAGAGUCAGAAUAAAAUAUUAUGGAUUUAACCCCAUGUUUGGUAAAUGUGAGUAAGAACAUUAUUUAUUUCUGCACUCAAGAUCUAUUGGUUCAGUAUUUAGGUCAUCAUUAAUAGUAACAGCAAUAAUUCAAGGAUCAAUUUGAUAAAAUUAAGAAUGAAUUAUGUGCCUUUGAUAUAGGCUUUCAAAAUUUCAGAUCUACGCUCAGUAUGAUUGAAGAAAUAGAAGAGCCUCUCAAAAGUUAAUCACACUUUUAACCAAAUGAUUUAGAUGGAUUCUUUAAUUUAGAAACACCAGAAAUUAUUUCCAAACCAAUUUAUGUGAAUUCCCUUGACAUGAUAACCAAUUCGGCAAUCAAGUAUUUGCAGCGGUGGAAAACGGAGAGUUAAUUCCAUGAUCAGAGAAGAUCAAGCAUACCGAUUCCAAGAUCACUUCCAAAUUUGAUAUAAAUUUAAUAAUGA